ACCAUAAAAUUGACUGAACGUCCGGUUGGCUGUAUCUGUGCUGCUGACUGGCGAGAGGUGCAAAGCUUACGGGCUUACGGCAUUGUAGGUCUUUAUUAUGUAGGGUAGUAAAGCCGGAUUUUUUGUAUCUAUUUUUUCGUUUAUUUACAUUCUUAAUUUGAUUUUCUUGAGAGGAUAUUGAUGUAUCGACAUUCGAAUAGAAAACUUUUUUCUUUUCAGGGUGUUGGAGCCUUAUUUCAUAGAAAUUCUACAGAAAAGGAGUUGUUUUCAUUUGUUGUGAAUAAAAAAAUUAAAUACUGUAACUCGGCAAGUACCAUGUCCAAAAGCAUGCAAAUUCUAAGUAAAGAGUUGUUGCUCCUAGAAAUGAAGAAAAGCAUCCCAAUACUAAGUAGUUCAUUGCACAAAGGUGAAAGUGGUAGAAUCGGAGUGAUUGGUGGUAGUUUGGAAUAUACAGGAGCACCUUAUUUUGCUGCAAUGGCUGCCCUCCGUGUGGGUUGUGAUCUUGUUCAUGUGUUUUGCAUGAAAGAAGCUGCUCCAGUUAUCAAGAGCUAUAGCCCUGAACUAAUUGUCCAUCCAUUGCUUGAUAGCCCAAAUGCACUACAAGCUAUUUCUGAAUGGUUGCCUCGAAUUCACGCUUUAAUCAUUGGACCAGGUCUUGGUAGAGAUGCAGGAGUUUUUAAAAUCCUGGGUCCCAUUAUUAACCAUGCAAAGGAACUGAAAAUUCCUCUUGUGAUAGAUGCUGAUGGAUUAUUUUACAUCAAUAGCAAUCACCAAAUUAUUCAUAAUUGUACCAAUGUGAUUUUGACUCCAAAUGUCAUAGAAUUUACCAGACUUUACAAAGCUGUUAUGGGCAUAUCAAUUGAUCCUAGUCAACCUGUACUAGUUGAAGAUGUCGCAGCCUUGGCAAAAAGACUGGGCAAUGUAACAAUCCUGCAAAAAGCUGAAAAAGAUAUUACUUCUAACGGAAUUGACGUCAACAUCUGCGAGAAGAUGGGUUCACCGAGGCGAUGUGGAGGACAAGGAGAUUUAUUGUGUGGAUUUCUGGCUACUUUUCUUUAUUGGAAAACUCAUGACAAGUAUACUCAUGAAGUCACACUUUCCGCUGCGGCUGCGGCAACUCACCUUAGUCGAAUGAUUAGUCGAAAAGCUUUUGAAAUCCAUGGUCGUGGAACUCUCGCCUCUGACAUGAUACCUUACAUCCCAGAAUGUUUCAGGUCACUGUUUAAUCAGGAGUAAAUUAUAUUUAUGAAAAUUUUAAUGUUAGAAAUUUAGCAUUAUGUAAUAUUUUUGUAGAUGACAACCAACUAUAAUACAAAAUAUGUCCUAUGCAGA